AUGGAAGGAGCAGUCACGACCGGCAAAGAAAAAGAAAAGGAUGUGGGAUGGAUUACACCCGAGAACAAUCCAGCGAUAGGAUCAAAGGCCUCGCCGAUCUUUGGCGAUAAAGGUGGCUGGAUAAGGGCCGCUGGCAGCGGGCCAGCACGAGACAUUCGCUACCGUAGGUGGCGCUGUCCUUCUGCGGAAUCGUGGACGAUUUUUGCUGCUUCUGAGGUUUUCGUAGCGUUCUGUCAGAAAUACAUGCCCUCAACGCUUGUCGUG